GUGGCCACAAUUAAAAGACCGGGGAAGUGGACGAAAGCAGUUUAGUCUGUUAUCUGCCUCUGUUAGAGAAGAAGCGUUGUGGUCGCUACAAUUAUCAUGUUGCUGCUUAAUUCUGACUCGCAGUUUGAUUGCUUGAGUAACCUUGUGGAGGCAGGCACUGCAGUGAACUCCAACGGUGAUCCAUUUGGCCAAUCUCCUGUUCAUCUGGCAGCUUGUGGUGACCAAGCAUUUUGCUUGCUGUGGCUUUUAAAAACUGGAGCAGAUGCAAACGAACAGGACUGUUACGGAGAAGCUCCAAUCCACAAAGCAGCCAAGGCAGGGAGUUUGGAAUGCAUUAGUCUCCUUAUUGCAAGUGAUGCAAGACUUGGGUUGUGUAACAACGAUGGACAAACUGCAGAAGAUCUUGCUUGGUCAUAUGGAUUCCAUGACUGUGCCAGGUUUUUGACUACUGUUAAAAUGACUCAAAGUCUAAAAUCUAGUGGACCACCUGAAAGAAUGGAUUUUGGAGACUUGAGCCACACUAUUGCAGGACAGAAACGAGCAUUCACAAGUAAUGCAGAUAAUGACCGGAAGCGGACAAGAGAAUGGUAAAAUUGGUCAUUUCAUGGACAUGGAGGAAACCAACAAUUAAUGCAGCACUGACAUCUUAAUACAAUGUUCUGUUGUUCACAGAAAGGUUACACAGGUGCUUGGGCAAAAAGUAAGUUGACUAAACCUUGGUCAAAGACCAGAGUCCAGUGCUGCAGGAACACACCUCGGAAACAAGCAGGCCAUUCUUUGCUGCUAUAAUCCUGGGGGUGUUUAAACAGUCUGUAUAGUUUGUCUGCCCUCAUUUUCAUCUGAUGUGAUAAGUGACCUGCAAGUUUAGGUUAAUCUGGCACCUUAAAAAAAUUGGAUUUCAAGGAAUUCUAAAGACCAAAUUGAAGUGUUAUUUUUUUUUCAGUCUUCCAAAGACUAUAAAACUUGAAUUUUGUAUAGGAAUGUCAAGUCCUAGUCUUAGACAGUACAUUUGUGCCAACAAAGGUUACAAAUAUACAUGGGAGUUUUUUUUUUUUUUUAUAUUGGACCAAUUACUUGGCACUAUUUUUUUUAAAAAAUUAAACUGCUCCAAAUCCCAUUAAGGAAAACUUGGAAACUGAAAUGAUGUUUUGUUAGCCAAAAUGAAGUUACUGUUCAUUCUGCAGUAUCAGUGUAUAGAUGUAUUGGUUUUCAAUUGUACAAUCUGUCUUUAAGUGAGUGUUUGCAUGGGACAACCCAUCUGUUGUACAUAAUAUCUGAAGUAAAGUUUGUUUAGCAUAUGCACACAAUGAACUGUUCCGUUCUAUUGCAGUACAUAUAUUUGUAAAACAAACAUUUACAAAUGUCUUGACAAUUAUUAUUUUAUACAGGGUGGUUCUACAGCAGUGGUGGAAAUUGUAUAAAAGUCACAGAGAACUGAAAUUUGGUUGGUAGAGUUUCAAUGUGAGCACCACAUUCUCACAACUUCCCCAUUUCAACAUAGCAAAUUAGAUGUGAACAGCAUAACCAGUAGGUCAUAUUACCUUCGGUCUCUGAGGCAUACAGAGAUUGUAAUAUGUAUUUUGAUCCUAAAAGUCACAUCCUUUCCAUCCACACCAACCCUAAAAACACAGCUGUUUACAGAUGCUUUAAAAACAGAAACCGUAAAUUGAGUAUGCAAGUCAACAGUGUGUGGUGGUCUUGCUCUGUCUUGAUACAAAUGUACAGCGUGCCACCUAUACACAGCAGCAAUUUAAGCUAAUGGUAACACCAGACAAGGUUCAAUCUGCUAUGCGGUUAUUACCAUCCCUGAUCAAUCAGUAAAUCGCUGUAAUAUUUCUCUCCAUAUCCCCAUUUUUCUUUUUCUAUUUUAUUUUGUCCAGAUUGAAUGUAUGAUGAGAUUUGUCUUUUAGAGUGACAUUAUUUUUAGGUAUGUGAAAUUACUGCUAUCUGUUUCUGGUCAUCUUGCCAGGACACUUUUGUAAAAGAGGCCUCGGACUCAGUGGGUUUUCUCCUGAUUAAAUAGUGAAUCAUUAAAUAAUAGGAUAAUUACAUAUAUUCACACAAUUCUACUUCAAUAAGAUGAAUAUUGUACUUUAUCAGGUCUUGUACUCCUGUAUAGUGAGGCUCAGGUAUUUGAUCUACCCAGUAGUUUCACUGCAGGCAACUCCCAAGAUAGCAUGUUCUAAAAUACCUGCAUCUAUUGAAAAAUACUUGCCAACUAUGAAUAAUGUUUUGUACAAAUCUACAGGUAAAGUGUGAAUGUAUUAUGUAUCUGUCAGUUAUCAUGUUCAUGUCGAGCAUAACUGUUUGCCAGUUGUUCGUGUGCCAUCAGGCAACUCUUUCACAACCAAUAAACUGUUAUUUUUACUA